AUGAUGACGAUCAGCGAAAGUCAGUUUUCUUCAAAUAAAAUGUCGAGUAUCCACAAGAUUAACGAUAGGAUCGUCCAUAAGGAUAGCUUCGCUGACACCAAGAGUUCUUCGAGUGUGAACAGCACCCUCAUCACGAAGAGGGGGUUCAAGCCCUCCGAUAUGUACGACCCUCAGAAGAAGGAGUUCCUCACAAACCUCAGUUAUAAGUUGUUCCCUGUAAGUUGGAACGAUGCAGAAAUAUCCCGGGACAACGAGUUAUUGGAGCCCAUGGACUGUCUCACUGAGGACAUGGAAAACAAGCCUAUUCUACUAGGAGAGAAAGAGGUGGACCUGAACAAGAUCUUCACACCAGCGCCUGAUGCUGAAGAACACAUCAUCAAGAAGGAUCGCAAGUUUGAGAAAACAUUCGCAUCAUCAGCAUUCUACGUGCCAGGAGUGCACCCUACAGUAAAGGAGCAGAUGGACCUAGCCAGAGCCAUCUCCAAGUCCCUGAGCGACUCCAGCAACCACAUGAGCAGAGGACAGAGCAUGUAUGUGAACAGGAAGAAGAGAUCGGUCAAGUGGGUGCAUGAAGGACGAGGUCGAAACACAUCGAACGCCUGCUCCACACCGACGCCCGUUGCGAACCACGACACACCGUACCGCCCGCCAUCUAGUUUACGCAACCAGAAAACAUAUCCCAAGUCGGCGCUUAAACACUCCAGCAACUUGCCGAAAAUGGAGCCGUUCCCGAUCUCUCCUCCAACGAUCACGGUACAGAAUAUAGAUGUACCUGUCCCAUUGGCACCUACUAAGUUAAAUGAUGUCUAUGCUUCACCUAAGAGCCCAAGAUUGCCGCUAGUUUCGGGACCGAACUUCAACGUAGCGCCGCGCGGCUGGGGCGAGAUGAAGGAUUACUACCGGCCAGUCGUUCUAGAUGGCGUUGGUGCAUCAAUACAAUAUACGGAUUUUUAA